AUGAUCGAGUCUCGGGAUAAUGGCAGUUUAUUGCGAGAUAGCUACAGGCAACAAAUUUGGGAUCUGAUCCAAGAAAUAAACAAUGAGAUCACUGUGAAGAACUCAACCGGACACCAAUUAACGUACUACGACAUGUGUGAACCAUAUUGCCAGAAGAACGAUGCUUUCAUCGCUUUGUUGGAGCUCUACAACAAAAAUUUCUCCAGAAUUGAUGUUACCUACCCAACAAUGGACGUUCUGGGAAAGCCAAUUUUUAUUGCCAGCAAUAUUUAUGGCGUUAGCCUUACGAACGAUACCAAUAAUAUCGAAUCAUUCACUACGGUCAUUCUUCGUUACUAUAUGGUCUAUCCUGAAACGAAGCCGCUACUCGACUGGGAAGCAAAAGUAGGGUACAGUCAAUUUCAAUCCAACCUGUUUAUUUGUUGCUUAGCAGGGCAUCUGUUUUUAUAUUCUGUCAAAUAUGACAGAGCAGGG